AUGAUUUUGAAAGAGUCUGCGGCGAGUACAUCAAAAGACUCUGAAAGAAAAUCAAAUUUAUCUCAACGUACUAAAAAAGAUUUCGAAACGGAAAUGAAAAGAUAUAAAAAAUCUUGUAAAAAUAAAGAUAGUUUAAUAGAAUUAAAAUUUAUAAAAAAAGCAAUGGAAAAAUUUGAAAACAAACCUCACAAUUCCGAUCGGAAAACUAAACGAGCAUAUUCUCAUGUAAAUGCAGAUUCCGAAUCAAGCGAAUGGAACGAAGAAGUUUCGAUGUCUGAUUAUCGCGAUACAACUAAAAAAAUAAAUUUAAAUAAAUUGAUUAUUGGGAAAAAAUUAAAAAAUGAAAUGAGUUAUUUGAUUAAAAUCCCUGACAACAACGCAUAUUGCAAAACGAAUAGAGAACAUCAAAUGGUAAAAAAAAAAAAUGAUGACGAUUAUCUUUUACCCCCUGAAAAUUUUCCUGCAGAAGAAAAAUUUCAAAGGGUUAUAGAAUUAGAUGAAAAACAAGAAAAGGUUAAACCAGAUUUUUGGUUUAAAACGAUAAGAAAAGGAGCAGAAGACAAAGGAUUUAGAAAAAAAGAUUCAUUCAAAUCCGAUAGGGGAUUACCCACAUUGUGUAAAAAAAAAUCAACGGAAAAAAAGAAAAAAAAAAUUAAUAAUGUAAAAAAUAAAAUUAAAACUGGAACGUCGUCGUUGUCGUGUCCAUUAAGUAAAAAUCAAGAAACUCAAACGCCCACGCAAAACCAAUCGGAAUUUUUUGAUAAUAAAUUUAAACCUAUGUUAUCAGAAAGGGAUUAUGAUAAACCUUCGACGAGUAAAGAACAUGGAGGAGGAAACGUAUUAGAGCGUAAGGAAAGAGUAUGCUUUCAUGGAAAAUCAUCAUCGGUUCCAUCAGAAGAUAAAAAAAUUGGAGAUGAAAAAAUGACGACCAUCGGACCAUCUUUUAAUGUAAUUUCAAAAUCGAAAAAACGAGAGAAAUGGUUUAAUUUCGAACAGGAGAAAAUACGUCGAAUUAUUCCCGAUUUUAAAUUUCCUCGUCAUAGAAUUUGUUCGAAAAAAUUUAAUUCCUCUGAUUCUUCAUCAGCUGAUGUUUUACGUUAUUUUAAUCAAAGUUAUUAUUCAUCAGACUCCAAACACGAAAAUGAUAAAAUAUCAAAUUCACAACAUGAUAAACCGUUAAAAUCAUCAAAAGAAAAAUUUGUUAGCAUGGAAUCAUUGAAAAAGAUAAAAGAUGGUAUUAAAAAUUUACCACAGAAAAAAAUGUACGAUGUCGAAAAACAAACGUUCGGAAAUAAUUAUAAAAGAUUUGACACUCCUACCGCUUUCCACAAGUCGGCGAUAAAAAAAACGAUUGCACCUCUAAUUCAAAGUCACAGAAAUAAAAAUGAAAACUUAUUGAAUAAAAAAUCAAGUCAUAUUUCUUGGGCACCUGAUUUAUUAUCCGAUUUGCCUUCGAGUAAGCAAGAUAGUUCCGAUCAUACAACGGAUAAAGAAUCUAAAUGA